CCCUUUUUUGUUUGUUUGUUUUUCAAAACACACAUCAAUCACAUGUCGUACCGACCGCAGCAAGGCUAUCCCCCGCAAGGCUACCCGCCGCAGCAGGGCUACCCACCCCAGCAGCAGCAGCAGGGAUACCCGCCUCAACAGGGCUACCCGCCUCAGCAAGGCUACCCGCCGCAGCAGGGAUACGGCCAGCAACAGCCGCCGCCUCGUUACGGACAGGUUCUGCCUCCCCAGCGCAACAACCCAGUCAUGCCGCCAAACUGCGAUCCGACCCUCUGGGCAUGGUUUAUGGCCGUCGACACGGACCGCAGUGGACAGAUUGAUGCCAACGAGCUCAAGCAAGCAUUGGUCAACGGCAACUGGUCGCCCUUCAACGAUACCACCUGCCGAAUGAUGAUUGGCCUGUUCGACACUGACCGCUCUGGCACCAUCAACUUUUUGGAGUUCUCUGGCCUGUGGAAGUACAUUCAGGAUUGGAAGGCCUGCUUUGAUCGCUUCGAUCGCGAUCGAUCUGGCACGAUUGAGGCGAGCGAACUCCAAACCGCCCUGCAGACUUUUGGCUACCACCUUUCGCCGCAGUUCUCGCAGCUGGUCGUCCGCAAGUUCGACCGCACUUCCGGCUCGGGCAUUCGCUUUGAUGACUUUAUCCAGACCUGUGUGCUCAUCAAGGGCCUUUCCGAGUCGUUUGCGCAGGCCGACACCGAGCGAAAUGGCUUUGCUCGCUUUGGCUUUGAGCAGUUCCUUGCUAUCGUCUUCAGCCGUGCCAUCGCAUAAGAACGCCUCUUGUUUUUUUGCUGAUUUCGCUGGUCUCGAGACACUUUCUGGGUUUUGAUACUCGAGUUUAUUCGUGCGUGCAGCCUUUGCUGUAUUUUUUUUUUGUUCUGCGCCGUGCUGCUGUCUGAACCGAGUCAAGUACACUUUAUUGAUCACUCUGUUCUUUUGUCUUUUUGUC